AUAUUUUCUCAUAUUAAUUUCUAAAACUAAACAAUACAUAAAUGCAGAAAAUAUAAUUUAAUUGGAAUUAAGUACCAUAUCCAUUGUUUUGUUCUGUUAUCAUCUUAUCGUUGAUCUCAUCAUAGAAUGCUCGUUGAGAUCAAUGUUGAACGUAGUGUUUAAAUUCUCUCUGACCUAUGUUCAGAUUCUGUUUUAAGUUUUUGCAUUUUAAAGUAAAAAACGAUCAAACUAUAAACAAAGUUAAAAUUACAUAUUAUUCCAUAAUAUUAUUCACUAAACUUGCUUCAAAAUUGAAAUGGAUACAACUACAGCAGCUCUUGAAGCAGAGCAUGAAGCGAUAACUACGGUUAAAUAUAUUGACAGGAUACAGUUUGGAAAAUACGAGGUGGACACAUGGUAUUUCAGUCCUUAUCCUGAAGAAUAUGGCAAACAAUCGAAAUUAUUUAUUUGUGAGUACUGUUUGAAAUAUAUGCGGCUAGAAAAAACAUACAGGUAUCAUAUUGGUGACUGCCCUCAACGACAACCACAAGGCAAUGAAAUUUACAGAAAAGGAACUAUUUCAAUCUUUGAGGCAGAUGGCAAAGUACAUAAAUUGUAUUGUCAGAAUCUUUGUCUGUUGGCAAAGUUAUUUCUGGAUCACAAAACACAUUAUUUUGAUAUUGAACAAUUUUUGUUCUAUACAUUGUGUGAAGUUGACAAAAAUGGUGCACAUUUACUUGGGUAUUUUUCAAAAGAAAAGGACUCUUUAGAAGGUAACAAUGUUGCCUGUAUUUUAACACUCCCCCCUUUUCAAAGACAAGGUUAUGGUAAGCUGCUGAUUGCAUUCAGUUAUGAACUAUCAAAGCUAGAAAAAGUUGUUGGAAGCCCCAAGAAACCUUUAUCAGAUUUAGGAAGAUUAUGUUACAGGUCUUAUUGGUCAUAUGAAAUACUUAAGGUAGUGAGUGUAACAAGAGGUAUCAUCAGAAUUACAGAUUUGACUAGUAUGACUGGAAUUGCCCCCACAGAUAUAAUUUCUACUCUCCAGUCUAUGAAUAUGGUUAAAUAUUGGAAAGGCCAACAUGUGGUCUGUGUCACUCCGAAGAUGGUGCGAGAGCAGCUUGCAUCACCCUAUUUUAAAAAGCCACGUUUGACUAUUGAUCCAACAGCAAUAAGGUGGUCUCCACCAACCAAACAAACACCUUCAACCAAAGUUAAGAAAUAAAUUAGCCUAUGUACAUAUUAAUAUUACUAUUAUUCAAGUAUAAGUAGCUCUGUUUAAUAUUACAUUCUAAUAGACACCUGUGUUAAAAGUUACAUACUGUAUGUUUAUAAAUUGUAUUGUAAUCUUUAGCAGCAUGUAUUUUUAUAUUGGCAUGUUCAUACUGAGCAAAUUAUUCUCAUCCAAUAUCCAACUGAAAAAUUUAUACUUUUAUAGUCACUUUAAGCUGACUUUUAAUUUAAAUAUGUUAAAAUUUUUUUUUGUGAGAUUACUCCUGAUCCUUCUUAAAACAUAUUUAAUUUUUAGCAAUUGGGCUGUCACAUGUUCAUAUUAUGUACUUACACAAAUUAUUAUACAGACUGAUAAUAAAAAAAUGUUUUGUUCAAACCACAGCCUCUUAUGCAGCCAAUUAUAUUGUAUAGAUGUUAUUUAUACUAAUUUUAAGUAUAGACAUACAUAUUACUUGUACUAGUUGUAAGUUUACUAACUUCAAUGUCAAAUUAUCUGCAAUUUUUGUAUUAUGACUUAUGUGUUGCAUAAAAAAUGCUAAACUAACUUUAGCUUGACUUACAUAGCUAAUUUAAUUUUUCAUAGUAGUGUGCGGACUGCAUAGUAACUAAAGUAACUGAAAUAUGUGGAGCUAAGUUAAUUGUGUAAAGUAAAGAUAAUUUAAGAAGCAAUACACUAACGGCCAUUUUCAAUCCUUAGUUUUACUUACUAGAGGUAAGCAUAGAGAUACAUUAUUGAAAAUGGCCGUAAUUGUUGGGAAUAAUUAGUUAUUCCGUACCAAAGCUGGACUAACUUGGACUGCAACCAAAAUUUUUGAAAUUAUUGACCUAAUUGAAUUGUAAACAAUUGUAUAAUUCUUAUUGAUUAAUGUAUAAACACACAUGUAUAAUAAAAUUAUGCCUGAAUUUUGAAUAUUAAUAAAUGUGGAAGUAGCAAUCAUUUAUUCUAAUAUUUAACAUGCUUUACAGUCUGCUUGUUAAAAGCUGAAAGAUUAUAAAAUUUGUCAGGUUAUCAAGUUAAAAGGUUAUGGGGAAAAGAAAAUAUUAUUAAUAUGUACCAUAAUAUUGUUAUGUCAACGCCAAGUAACUCAUAAAUGUAUAAUCUAUAUAAAUGGUAGUUAAGUUUAGCUGUAAUCUUUUUAACUUUCUAACUUUUUCACUAUGAGAACAGAUUGUUUAGUUGGAGACUCAUUAUUUUGUUUGAUUCAAUCAAUCAUUGGCUGAUUUAAAAACAUUGUGAUAAUUUUCUAGUAAUAGUAUGUGUACCUUGAAAUAAAGAUAAGAAACA